AUGGAUAAGUUGAGCGGGAACAACGCGACAGUGGUAAACAGCUCCAUAGACAAGUGGUUAUUCAAUGAUCGUGGCUCGUACCAACACCUGGACGCCGGGGAGCUGAGGGUCCUGGUGCCGGCUAUUCUGGGAAUCAUCUGUGUCUUGGGUGUGGCUUGUAAUCUCACUGCGAUGGUCAUCUUGUUCUCCAACGCUCAUAGGGGUAAACUAUCUCUCAUCAACUCCCUCAUCUUCAACCUGAUGUUUGCUGAUGGGCUGGUGCUGGCGUUUACGGUGCCUUUCAGAGCUGCCUCCUACUCCAAAGCUAGCUGGAAUCUGGGCUGGGUGGUCUGCAAGACGGCUGACUGGUUCCUCCAGUCCUGCAUGGCAGCGAAGAGCUUCACAGUGGCUGUCAUGGCCAAAGCCUGCUACCGCUAUGUGUCCAACCCCACCAAGCAGGUGAGCAUCCACCUGGGUUCCAUCCUGGUGGUGUUCUUCUUCAUCUGGCUGUCCGCCUGCUCUGUCACCAUCCCUCACUGGCUGUUUGCUCGGCUGCAGACAGGGAUCCGUGGGCUGGCGUGUGUGCUGAUAGUUCCUCCCGAAGCCAGGGAUUUCAUGACUGUGUACGUCAAAGCAUACCCCCUGGGGGUCUACUGUGCACCUCUCAGCUUUGCCCUGAUGUAUUUCUGGAAGGCGUACGGCCAGUGCCAGCGUCGCUCCAGCAAGACUCAGAACCUGCGCACACAGAUCAGAUCCAGGAAGCUCACCUUGAUGCUGUUUAGUCUGACUGUGGCCAUGGCUAUUCUCUGGCUUCCACAGUGGGUGGUGUGGGUCUGGGAGCGUCACAUUGCAGAGAAGGAAAUUGAAGGAGCUCAGCCCCUUGUCUCCACUCCCCCCCUUAUUCUAACCCUCUCUGCUCAGCUGCUCACCUUCUCUCUGUCCUUGGUGAACCCUCUCAUCGUCCUCUCCCUCUCCGAGGAGUUCAGAGAGGGCUACCGGGGUCUGUGGAGGCGCCUCACCCUACGCAAACAACCCCCUCCAAAGCCAAAACCUGGACCUCACAACCCAACAGCUCUCCAGUCCCCUUGCCCCAGACCAGAGACUUCGGGCCAGCUGCAGGGGGAGAGGAGCCUUCGAUCAAGCUCUAGCCAGGGUCCCAGCAGAGGGGCUCAGCCCCAGCCGGAGAAAGCAGGAGGAGGAAGAGAAGCAGACACGGUGAGCCUCAAAGACGGGAUUGUCUUGCCUGAUGUGGAGCAGUUCUGGCAUGAGAGGGAGACUGGAUCAUACACAGAGGAAAAUGAUCCUGUGCCGUGGGAGCACCAGAGCAAAGAGGGGAAAAAAUAA